AAUAUGACUUACUCUAAUCGUAGGAAUGUCGAUUUUUAACACACUCGAUCUGUCUUUUUGGAAUGUAACACGUGAUAUUGUUCGUCGUAGCCCUCAAAUUUAUGUUUAUAUUAGCGCAGCCCUUUCAAACUAGUUAAUGAUAGAGGGCUGGAGAUAGAUGAAUGAUGAUAGAAGAGCAUCCGGCACUUCAAUCAUCACAGAGAACAGGCAAAUCAACUGCAACUGACUCAGAGAGAACAAAUUCUACACAAUCGAAUGCUCAUGCCAUUGGUUUAUACGCAGUGCUGGCUUUCUGCAUUCCAAUAAUCUUCUUGCUUACCAUGUGGAAUAUAGCACUGAGAAAGCGUAUAAAGUCAUUACAAGAUGAUCAUUCAAAAGGCAACACACAAAGCCCCCGUCAGGAUCUUGAUUAUGAAGUCAUUGGAUAUACAAACCUCCAAUUUGAAAGUGACCAACAAUCACGUGCAACAACUGCAGAUUCAUCCCAAAGAGAGGUUGCAAACAAUGGAAGCAACAACAAUGCCGUAUACAUGGAACUAGGGCCAAGGUGCAAAGAUGAACAAACAUACACGCCUCUUUCUGGCGAUAAGCAAACGACAAGCCCUUAUCUUUAGCGUAAGAGAUCCAAAAUGCACUGCGUGUCCAGUGCAGUUAUGUAUAGUAUAACAAAAUCUGUAUUAGAUUAAUGUAGAUGAGCUGAACGAGACAUAGAGGCAGCGUAUAUAAGAUUUGGGUUGUGAGAACUGGUGAAGCUUUAACAUAAUUAGUGAAGCAAAGCCACAAUAUUGAGUGCAUAAAUUAUUAGGAGUAGAAUUAUAAGGAAUAGUUUCUUACGAUAGUGCUGUAAUUAUGAAACCCAACAUUCAAAUCUAAAAAGCUAAAAAAACAACAGAAGAAACACCCCAGCUGUGCCAGUCAUAACGGAAAAAGAUACAAGGUUUUGGACUAUGACAGGCACUUACAAUCUUACGUUAUUUUAAAUGAAUAACCAAAUGGAGAUAUGGGAACGAUUGCAGACGACAAGAUGCAAGACCUGAAGGACAGUAGGCAUGAUGUUGCUGCUUUCAAACUAUUGAUUAUCGAGCGAUAUUGAUCGCUAAUAAAUGCGAUCAUUUUUGACAAAUUGGUUAUAUAUUGUUAUGAUUAGAAUAAAUUAAUCAAAAGAUAGGGAAGGGAGACUUCGUAUGACAGGUCGACCUUUCGAAACCGUCUCUAUCAUUUUUAUGAUUAUUCAAUAACAAGCAUUUUUACACAUGCGAAGCAUUUUGGAUGUAUUAUAAUAGCAAAUAAAUUUAGAGAUUUAAAGUUCAGAGACUUUAGAGACUUUUCUGCCGAUUCUAAAUAAUGGCAUCAAAAACAGUUGUCGCUGACCUAUGUUCUGAUUUUAGGCAGUACUGUCCACCUGAAUACAAAAUUCAAUUACAUAUUGAUACAAUAAAGCAAUCAAACGAAAUUCAAGUUUCGAAACGUCAAAGUCCAAGCACUCAAGCGCAGGUAAGUGUAGAGUUUAGCUAUCACGUGAUCGAUGACGUCAUUUUCCCCGGUCAUCAAAAUGUUUAAUUCUCCUUUUGGAAAAAUCGCUCCAACCAUCUUCUUUGGCAUUGUAAUAGGAGCAAAAAGCUCUUAAGAAUAAACUUUAUCAGACCUUAAAAUAACGAGUUAUUGCUAUUUGAAGUUUGCAUGGCGUCAUCAAAAUGGCGGUUCUGAAAUUUUCAAGCACUGGAAUUCAAAGGCUGGUUGUCGCAAUUUAGGUUGCUUUAUCUCGAUUUUGAAGUUUUUUUACCUUUGUUUUAUUCAGCAACUCAAGAAUGUCAUUUGAGCUUAUAUAUUUGCCCGCCUGGGAAACUAAGUAUUGAGCAAAAAUGCAAAUACUUAAGCCUUGUUCAAACGCUCUCGACUUUCACUCGACUACUCUCGAUUUUUGUUGAGCGUUGUCGAGCAGUGUGGAGUGUAGUCGAGCGAGGGGUGUCGUGCGGUUUCUUGAAGGCAAUUUCUGCGAUUUACCAUAUUCUUUCUGUCAUAUCAUUGGCGCAUGUGUGUUUAAACGAUGCGCUGUGUAUGUAUUGCGCUGUCUAAAAUUGGUAAGAAAAAACGGUUUCGUAUAGUGUAUUAAUGAAAUAUGGAGAUGCAAAAGAGUGUAUUCUUAUAAAAAAGUUUUAAGUUUGAAAGUUAUCUUGAUUUCAUUGAUGAUUUUAAAGAAAGAAAAUGCUUUUUAAAACCUAGGUUGAGCGCACAUAAUCUAGAAAUUCGGAAAGUCGGAACUGGGAAAUUCGGAAAAGACGAACUCAUAGUAGCUGAAUUUUCAAAGUAUGGCCCUAAUGCAUAAAUUUUGAAAACGAAACGCAUAAAGGCAGCAUAUGAGAUUAUUUUUCUUAUGACCAUUCCCUUUUAAAGCAAGACAAGCCCUUUUUGUCAUCUAACUACAUGCCUGUACCCCUCCGAAAUUUUGGCUCCGCCCCUUCUCGUAGCUAGAGGCACAAAGGGAUCGGGCGCACUGGCACUUUAAACAGGACAAAAUCGAGACAAACGUAAUCCCUAUUGUCUUUUAACAAUAGGUGUUUAUCGUUGAGCAAAAGCAAAAAUGCGAGUCAUGGCUUGAGAACCUGUACCCUGGGUACCAGACUCACUAUAUAAAAUAUAGUGAGUCUGGUUCCCAGGGUAGAGAACCUGGUCGUGCAAUCACCAACUUUUAUUCCUUUCCUAUUAUUUUGUCCAAAUAAAUAAAAGUAAGGGACGGUUUGGGAAAUUUUUCACUGAGAGAUUAUUUUGUAAAGCAAAGCGUGCUUUUUUAAGAAACUCACUAGACCAAAGGGAGUCUUUCAAGAACAAUUUGGAAGGGCCUUUCACUCAGUGGACCUAUAUUUUUAUUACUCCUUACAUAAUUUACACUGGUCGCGUUGCUAGAUGUAUUAGGGCCGGCAACUCGAGCUUCAGAUAGAGGGACAUUGAGUAGAAACCAUGGCCCUUGUAAUAUGACAGGGCAAUGGUCCCCUUGACUCCCUGUUCUUACUUGCUGCAUUCCUUGC